GUCGGGGCGUGGCGGCAUGCGAUCCCCCUGAGCAAGACAGCGCCCUCCAGAGGUGACAGCAGGGAGGACAGGCAGCAGGAUGCCAGUGCAGGCGGCCCAGUGGACAGAGUUCCUCUCCUGCCCCAUCUGCUACAACGAGUUUGACAGCAGCGGCCACAAGCCCAUCAGUCUGGGCUGCUCGCACACUGUGUGUAAGACCUGUCUGCACAAGCUGCACCGCAAGGCCUGUCCCUUCGACCAGACAGCCAUCAACACUGACAUCGACCUCCUGCCAGUCAACAGUGCCCUGCUACAGCUGGUGGGAGCUCAGGCUGUGGAGUCCCAGCCUGUGACUCUGAGCAGUGCUGUGGAGGUAGGGCAUUAUGAGGUGUGCAAGGUGUGUGUGGAGGAGCUGGCUCUCUAUCUCAAACCCAUCAGUGGAGGAAAAGGUGUGGUGACCCUCAGUCCGAGCGUACUCAGUCGGCCCAUGCAGAGGAAGCUGGUGACACUCGUCAACUGUCAGCUGGUGGAGGAGGAGGGGCGGUUGCGGGCGGUGCGGGCGGGCAGGUCGCUAGGGGAACGUACCGUCACAGAGCUCAUCCUGCAGCACCAGAACCCACAGCAGCUCUCUGCUAACCUGUGGGCUGCCGUCAGAGCACGGGGAUGCCAGUUCCUGGGGCCUGCCACGCAGGAGGAUGCUCUGAAGCUGGUGCUGUUGGCGCUAGAGGACGGCUCAGCUCUGUCCAGGAAAGUUCUGGUCCUUUUUGUGGUCCAGAAGCUGGAGGCUCGGUUCCCUCAGGCCUCCAAAACCUCCAUAGGACAUGUGGUCCAGCUACUCUACAGGGCCUCCUGCUUUAAGGUGACCAAGCGUGACGAGGACUCGUCGCUGAUGCAGCUAAAGGAGGAGUUCCGUGCUUACGAGGCGCUGCGUCGCGAGCACGACGCCCAGAUCGUACACAUCGCCAUGGAGGCGGGGCUCCGUAUCUCCCCUGAACAGUGGUCCUCUCUGCUCUAUGGAGACCUCAUCCACAAGUCACACAUGCAGUCUAUCAUCGAUAAGCUCCAGUCCCCAGAGUCCUUUGCAAAGAGUGUCCAGGAGCUGACGAUAGUUCUACAGAGAACAGGAGACCCAGCCAAUCUGAACAGCCUCAGACCACACCUGGAACUACUGGCCAACAUCGACCACAACCCAGAUGCAGCGGUGGCUCCGUGGUGGGAGGAGCUGGAGAGUGUGAUGCUGGCUGUGAAGGUGGUCGUUCAUGGUCUGGUUGAGUUUAUACACAACUUCAGUAAGAAGAGCCAUGAGACAGCACAGCCGCAGCCCAACAGCAAAUAUAAGACCAGUAUCUGUCGAGACCUCCGGCAGCAGGGUGGCUGUCCCCGAGGAUCCAACUGCACCUUUGCACACACACAGGACGAGCUAGAGAAGAACAGAAUGAGAAACAAGAAGAUCAGUGGCAUGGGCCGGCCCUUCCUCCUGGCCCAGGGGAGUAUGGGUAGUGGUCUGAGUAUGGAGGGGGGCGACUCAGGAGAGGAGGCCUGCACUGGGGGUCUGAAGAGCUCACAUAAGGGGGGGUCAGGUUCCCUAAAGGAGGGGGCCACACCCUCCCAGCUCAUCCCCAGGGGAGGGGAUAUUAUGGAGGAGAUGAAGAGGGAGAGGUCUGUACUUAACGGGUCCACAGGCUCCAGCCGCUCCUCAUCUGGCUCUAUGGAACAGAAGUCUAUUUCUCCUCCAAAGACACCGGUCAAUUCCUCCUCAGCUCCUUCUCCCUACGGCCCAGGGUCUAGACUAGAAUGUGACUCUGCACACCCCAAACAGGCCCACUACCUAAUGAUAAGACCCCUUCCUCAGCCCCCUCCCCACCAACCUCCGUCCUCUGAACUGUGUUACCAGGACCCCCGACCUCCCUACGACGUGCAGCCCUACCAGCCAGCCAGUAACGGCUACCCCUCUGCGAUACACCACCACAAACCCUGCGUGGCUCGCUUCCUCCGUUCCAGCCACGUCCCAGAGUCCUCUCUACCUCCCUCCAUGGCCCCUCUGUACUCAGAGCAGUACCCCUCCUUGCCCCCACCACGGGACCACGCUGGUCCCUCUCCCUACAGUCCCCCACCGGUCCCCCAGUACGGGCCCCUGGCCCCAGCCCACGGUGGCUACGCUCCCCUGUAUGACAGCCGGCAUAUGUGGAGGCCCCAGCUCUACCACCGCGAGGACACCAGGAGUAACUCGCUGCCUCCCGAGGUGCUGCACUCCUCUGUGUACCAGCCCCCCCUCCGAGAGAGAUACGCCUCCCUGGACAGCCCCUACUGCUCAGCGGGGGAGCACAGAGCAGCACUGCACAGGGACUCUUAUGGGCGUGUUCCUCUUGGAUGCGAGGAUCUGUUCAAGCGGAAACAGGAGCAGUGGGCACACCAUCACCACGGCAACGUGAACAGGCCCUCCCAGUCCUCCCCCAUCUUCACCGUAGACUUUGGUGCAGAGCAUGAUGACGGUGGUGGUGGUCAGUGUAUGAACUGUAAGUUCCGUGGAGAGGAGAAUCUGUCCCACUACUCUCCCUGGUCCUGUGGAACCAUCAGUACCUGCAUCAGCCCCUUUGAACCAGAGCAUCACAAGGCCUCAGCUCACUCCCGCUCCGAAAACUUAGAAGUAGACAAUGGUGAAAGGAUGCGGUGGCUACACACGUUUGAGCCCUACCGCCGUCUGAAAGACGAGGAUCCCAGCAUACCGUUUGAGACCUACCGCCAUCUGAAAGACGAGGACCCCAGCAUACCGUUUGAGCCCUACCGCCGUCUGAAAGACGAGGAUCCCAGCAUACCGUUUGAGACCUACCGCCGUCUGAAAGACGAGGACCCCUGCAUACCGUUUGAGCCCUACCGCCGUCUGAAAGACGAGGAUCCCAGCAUACCGUUUGAGACCUACCGCCGUCUGAAAGACGAGGAUCCCAGCAUACCGUUUGAGCCCUACCGCCAUCUGAAAGACGAGGACCCCAGCAUACCGUUUGAGACCUACCGCCGUCUGAAAGAUGAGGACCCCAGCAUACCGUUUGAGACCUACCGCCGUCUGAAAGACGAGGACCCCAGCAUACCGUUUGAGCCCUACCGCCGUCUGAAAGAUGAGGACCCCAGCAUACCGUUUGAGCCCUACCAGCAUCUGAAAGACGAGGACCCCAGCAUACCGUUUGAGACCUACCGCCGUCUGAAAGACAAGGACCCCAGCAUACCGUUUGGAGAGGGGCCCAUCAUACCAUUUGGAGAAGGGCCUAUCAUCUCCAAAUGGGGGGCGAUAUCCCGCGCCUCCCGUACAGGGUACCACACCACCGACCCGGUCCAGGCCACGGCCUGCCAGGGAAGCAACAGGACCAUCCCCAUCAACUUCAGAGAUUAUGGUCCACACAUCGGCCAUGGGGACUACAGGUGGAGCUCCGGGGGGUCUGACUCUUCCAGCCACUCCAGUUUCCUAGAGGGUGAACAGCUAGCCGCCCGUCGGCGGUCCUUCAGCAGUGGAGAGCAGGCUGGUGCAGGAGACAUGCUGCAGACUGACUACCGUAAAGACACGACAGAGCGUGAACUGGACAGAGACGUAGAACUGGAGCUGUCUGUACUAGACGUAGAGGACACUGACCUGCAGGACAACAGUCAACAGUCUAAGAAGCCCCUGGAGCUGAGAGAGCCCCACCUCCUCACCCCUCCCAGCAGUGAACCCCAGAGGACACAGACAGACAAGCUGUCAGCAGACAAGAUGGAAGCUCAACUGCUGAAGAAGAUGGCCUUCAGGAGGUCUCUCUCCCCUGGAGGUCUGGGCUCAGGAGGCCUCAGCGUGGGGAAGCUGAUGAUGAGGACCGGACCUCUGAGACUGGGGGACAUGGGCCCUUGCCCUAACACAGGCCCUGAGAUGCUGCUCAACGGGAACUGAGAGGGCAAACACACCUCACCCCCACGCCUGGUGGUCCCGGCCGGUGGUCCCAGCCGGUGGUCCCGAGCGGUGGUCCCGGCCCAGCGCUACACAGCUCCUACACCUGCUGUCACAGUAACAUCUUAGGGUUGUAUAGGCCUGUAUCAUCAGACAGCGAUCAGGUCUCACCCCACUAAUAUCACCAGUCUGAGGGCAUAUUAUAUACAGUAUGCUACUUUAGACCACAGGUAGUGUUGUUUCAAACAUGACAAAGAGAGAUGUAUAGUUCAGACACACACCAGUAGCCUCCGUCGCAUUUCCUCUUUUCUCAUCUCGGCAGGGUCUUUUUUUGAUCAAGUGUUUGUUUGUGUGUGCUGCUCGCUCUCCACUUCCUAUAAUGAUGAUGGUGAUGGUGAUUAUCAUGCUUCACAUGGCAUCCAAUAGUUUUAUUUUUGUUAGUUCUACAAUGUUUCCAAGGUAACAAAGGUGUUCAGCACUGUUGUGUGUGUGUAUGCGAUCAGCAUCUGUUGACAUUGAGCUGAUGACAAUAACAGCACAUUACUAUGCAUUUGUAGUCAUAGGAAGGAUAUUUGCCUCUCGAAAAAUUCCAAGUCUUUACUUUGAAAAAAAAACAGCGCUAAUUGAACAAGGUUUGUAUGUCUUAAAAGAGGAAGAUAAACAGGAAGAGAUGAAGGAUACCAACACUAGAUGUUGCUCUAGUCCAACUCCCAUCUACUUUAGACAUUGUAGUAGCCUAUCAAAGGUUCCUAAGGCUUGGCCGUGUUAUCCUGUGUGACGUGUCAUUUGUUGGUCUCAAGCAUUUCAUAGAUGAGAUUCAAGACGAUGACGAUCAAUCAGAUGUCACCGCACUCACAUGUAUGCACAAUUGUGGCCUUUUUUUUAUGUUCGUAAAAUAUCUCUUCAUAUUUAGUCUUCACCAUGGGGUUAAUACAUUAAAAACACCAAAUAGUACAACAUGUAUCAACAAUCCUUGAUAUAUUCAACAGAUUUCAGUAUUCAUUGGUUCUGGCACCAUCAUUUAUUGCUAUCCUCUGUGCAACUGCAGCCAGGGAUUGAAUUGUAGUGAUCUGCUGUGAUGGAAUGAUACGUCAUACUUACAGUUAUCUGUACAGUGUAAUCACAUGACAUAUAUUCACAAUGUAAACUGGUUGUUGCAGCUCUUUUUGGUUCUGUGCAUCAAACUCAUAAUCUGUGUUUACUAUGACAGAUUGUCAACAAACCAGCAGGUGAUUAUUGUGUUUCUUCACGCUGUCUUUGUUUAGUUUGGUCCCUGUUCAAACUUUUCACAAAUGUUUUGUUAUUUUCUUUCAAGCAUUGCUAACUUCCGUGAAGUUAUUUGUCAAAAUAUUUUCUAUCGGGAUCUCUGUUUUGUUUCGUUGUUGGUGGUCAUUUUUGGGAAGAAAUGAAACCGACCCAUCAGUCUGUCUCUAUAUUCAUGUUUCAAGCAGUCUAACGAAUACAGUCCAUCAUCAUUAUGUGAUCGCUACCGAGGGUCAUGCAUUGGCCUAAAAGGGUCAGUGUUAUUUUACUGCAGUUUUGUGCACUGAACGUUCUGUUUGCUGUCUUCUCCUGCCUGUGGGGGUGAAGAGAUUCGGGUGACGCUAUGUGUUAACUUGCAGCACUUAGAAAAACUCUCCUAUUUAUAAUAGGGUUUAUUUUGUUACGGUCUGAAAGGAAGCAGACAGGCUAAGUGAGACACAACUUGACCAGUGAUUGAUAAUUCUUAAGGACUGCCCCAUACAUAUAUAAAGACAUACAGUAUAUCCAUUCUCUUAGCAUUACUGACAGGCUACUGUAUUUCUGUUGCUCUUCUGUUCCUGUUUCAGACUUUGACUUAAGAAAUUGUCUUAGUGUCAUAUUCUAUACAAUCAAUCAUCCAUUGUUGUCUAACGGCGGACAGGGCCCUAUAGGGGAUAGGGGCCUUUGGGUAUAAGAUGUGGGAGGGACCAGGGAGUCUAUUAAGGUUUAGAACCUGGUCAAGUUCAAGGGUAGUGUUGUGAUUCUAGACCAAUCUAUCUCGCUCCUGUAGUUUAGGUUUGUUCCAGCAGGGAGUGCUAGAGCCUAGUCUCUGCAGCCCUUAGUGAUGGAGGAGUUAUGUUGCUAAGCUACUGAUGAAGGGUUUAUUCAUUACGCCGAUUCUGUUGCAGGAAGCAAACGGAACGAAACGAGGAGGGACAUACCUGAAUUUGUCCAAUAGAAACUCUCAUUUUAGUUGCAAAACGUAAUGUUUUGCAACUGUUUGGCUAAUGAUUACACCCUUGAACGCAUCUUCAGCACUGAAUAUUAUGGGUCAUGUGCGCAAAUAUUUUCAUUAAUGAAUAUAGUUUAAUGUAACUUUUCACCACAUAAAUUGUGUUUAAGGAGGGAUUUAUAAUUUUGCUAUAAUGUGUCCUUUUAUGUUUGGAUUCAAUACCAAUAGUAUUACCCAGUUGGGAAGGGAAUGGGCACAUUAAGAACAGGGAGUUAUGUAGGUAGAGUUCCCAGAGUGUUCCAGUGCCUGUCUAAUGACUCACUGGUGUAAUGAUCUGAUCGCACUGCACUUCCCACGUCAUCAUUGCAAGAUGUUCUUACUCCCCACUAUCCAGCCAGUGCCCCAGGUCAUGCAUGCUAGUCCCUCUUGUUGUCAUGGCGAAGGAGGAAGUACAUGAUUCUGUAGUUGUGAUACAACACACCCAGCGAUGUAAGUGUUCUGCACAUGCCCACUGUGUGGCCACGCCAAGUAUUUUAGCCUGCCUGCAGCAUUUGACUGUUUACUGCUUCUGAAAUGCUUUAUUAUUGAUAACGAUCAAUGUAUUAUUAUUACUUACUACCAUCAUUGGUUGAGUUGUAGUACUUCACUCUGGAUAAGUCAAGUCUGCUUCUUCAGUUGAAUUUUGAAAAUUUGCUGAAUAGUCAAAGUUAGCCGAGGAUGGUCUUGUAAGGUGAAAACAUUUGCCUGUUUGUCAAUUGUACAACUAUGACGGAACUGAUGUUUGAAUAUUUAUGUCUGUAUUAGACAUUUUCUUAGCAAAUCUAUUGUUCGAUUGAAAUGUUAAUGAAAUACAAGAUGGUGCACACAUCCAUCAUUAUUGUACACAGCUGGCACCAUCGUUAGAUGGACUAACUGCUCGUUUAUACAACAAAAUGUAAUCAGCUAUUUAAAUAAAUACUGAUAUAGAGGGACAAAUAAAGGUUUCAGAAUGAUGAAACUGGCUGAGACAGCAUAAACAAAUGUCUAAAUGAAUAAUAUGUAUUCCAUUUAUUUCAUUUGAAAUAUCACUUUGUGAAAGGUUUCCCUGCAUUGCAAGGCAAUAUCCUGAACCAUAUUCUUAGUUUGAAGUAUUGAUUGUGUUCAGAUGUGACCAGCCAACUGCCUGACCUGUUGGUUGUCUUUGUGUGCUAUUUGCUCCUGCACUGACAGCUUGGCCAAGCAGAAUACUCUGAUACUAUUUUGAUGGACCAGGCAGACCUGUGAAAUCAGAGGGAGAUGUCAGUACCUGAAACUUUGCAUGCUACAAUAAAUGAAA